AUGACGAGUGAUGAACCAAGGCCCAUCCACGAGCGAAAUGAAAUGCUCCCUGCGCCCCGGACUUUCGUUCAAAAACUCUUACAAGCUUUCCGAAUUUUCCAAAAAGACCCUAAUCCCGAUCACAAACAUACCAAGACGAAGCCAGAAAGGAAGAAAAAGAAGAAGAUAUUGGUGAAGCAGGGAGAGCCUCUGCACUUGCCUCGACUACCGAAACAACAACACGAUAUCGAAGCCAUCCACCUGUCAUAUCCCAGUCCAGCAACAGAUUCGAAUGCAUCAAGCAGAACUCAAGCAGAAGAUUCAAGAUCAGAUGCCUCAAACGACUCAGACGACUCAGACGACUCAGACGAUUCAGACGACCCGCGGUACCCACAAUGUCCAGAUGACUCGGAGGAACCAGUCUCAGAACGAGAAUCAUACUUCCAAGCCAGAAUCAAGAUUCAAGCGUGGGAGGGCUCUCCUACGGAACCUCGCGGCAUUUUGAUUGACACGGGAGCCGAUGUGAAUUUCAUCGGUGCCGACACUGCCAGAUCUCUGCGUAAACGCAAAACGACCAAGAUCAGGCCUUGCAAGCCAGGGAAGCCGGUACGGCUUGGGAACGGUGAAAAGAUUGUGCCCAAACGAUAUGUCGACCUACGCUGGCAGUGCAACGACACGCACCAGAAGACCGCUUGGUACACGUCACGGUUUUAUGUCAUCGAAAACGCCAGGCCUGGAGCCAGCGCAAUACAGCUCAUUGUCGGCCAACCUGACAUUGAACGAGUGCCAGAUAUCAGGGCGAUUAUGACAAGAGAUAUAGAAAGAAUGGCUUCGCCAUCGCCCAGGAGCUAG